AUGGUCAGUAGUAUCAACGGACUCACAGAUGAUGCUGCAAUAGAGAGACGCCCCUCCACAAAAGAAAACAACCAGACGUCUUCAAAUUUAACGAAGGCGAAAAGAAUCUCCUCCGUGAAGUUGAGCAAACCCUCCAGUGAUGAGCUAACCGCAGUGCCAGACGAAGUGCCCAGCUGGGAAAGGGAGGGCACACAAAGAGAGGAUCCGCUGCAUGUAAACUUCAAUCUACCUGCGGGAAAGACAAAUGGGGACUCUCCCAAUGAAGACGAUAGAAGCACCCCCCAUGGUGAAAUAAAAAAAAAAUUUAGCCUCAGUCAUCUUUAUAGUAACUACUUGAGGAGUAGGUCGAAAUGGUCUCGCCAGCUUGUACGGAAGAACGCCUUCGGACGCCCAGGGAGUCGCGGGUCGGGCGGAUCUCUUCACAGCGACGUGGGCUCCCCCGCGAGGCGGCCGCGCAGUCCAUUGGGCAGCAGCGCAAGUGGGCGGUCUACAACCCGUCCAGCUGACCACCCCGCUGACCGCCCAAGUGACCCCCCGCCCAGCAAGGCAGCGAAUAGGAACAGCCGCUCCCAGAAGAGCAAGCUGGUGAAGCUCUUCCGAGAGGGAAACAACGUGUACGUGAAGAACCUUAAGAUAUGCCCGCGCGAGGAGAGGCACCAGCACGUGCUGUCCAACUGCAAAAGCGCCAAAAUUAGGGAGAGACCCAUCUUGAGUCUGCCGAAAGAAGCCAUUCCCUUGAGCGAGUUAGAUAAGCACAAAGGUAAGGCGACCAAAAAUUUGCCCCUGCCCAUAGUAAGAACAGAAAAGGAAGACGCCCAUUUUUUUAAAUUCAAAAACACCUGGUAUGAGCUUUUUUUCUACACCAGCAGUGGUGGUAGCAAGAGCAGGGAAAGUCUCUACAGCCUCAUGUUGAUGAGGCUUAAUUUCGAGUUAUUGAUUCAACCCAUAAAAGACAUCAUCUUGGUUGACCAUAACACCGCCUCGUUUAGCUACCCCUAUAUUUACAACGCCUAUUUGAUUCCCCCCCUGGAUGUGCACGAGACAGGGAACUCCCUCCGCAUUCAGAAGGCGACAAGCGAUCACUCGCUCAUAAAUAAUGGCUCGUGGGUCUUUUUCAAAACGGGGGAGAAGGGGGUACACCGAGGGGUGCCAACUGGAGGAGGAGUAAAUGGUGUGGGAGGCAGCACAAUAAGUGGUCGGGCAGCCAACUACUUAAUAAACAUGCAGCGAAACAGAUACUUCGUGGAUAAGUGCUCCUUCAGGUGCGCCAAGAAAAGUUACUUCGCCUCUUUGAAAAGUGUUCCCCCUUUGAGUGGAGUGCCUUCCCCUCUGGGGGGUGGUACUUCACCCGAUGUUUAUCCCACCAAACGAGGGAUAGACCCUCUCGUUUGCGGACAGCCAACAAGGGGGGUCACUCUUUCCGGGGGCAUUACCACUGAGGAGGUGAAAAAGGCAAACACGCUGCCCCUUUGGGGGAAGAGCCUAACAGGGCUGCUAUCGAAGAGCAGCGCGAAAAAGGACAACCGAUGUGACCUGCACACGAAUGGGGGUCAAAUGGGAAACUUGCUUAACAUGGCCACAACUGUGAAAGGGGACGCUACAACGGAGGAGUCCCACUUGGGAGAAGGACGUGUCAGCCCGGCGAGCAACUCCCUGUUCGACUGCUCAUGCGUCUAUAUGACCUAUGGGAACAGCAGCAUAGAGCCCGUCUUCCCCUACACUUGUAAAAAUAUUUUUUUCCUCUUCCAGUAUUACCACAAUUACCUGAACGGGGUGGUCAGCUAUUUCAGGGGGGAUAAGCGGCGGAGUGGGAAUGCUCAGCGGAGGGGGGAUGCGCAGCGGAGGGGGAAUACCCAGCGGAGUGGGAAAACCGUUCCGCCGCCUACCUCCUCGCCGCUUUCCUGGCCGAGCGAACGGGGCGGCAGGAGGACCCCCCUGGCAGACGUGAACAACUUCAAAAUACGCAACUUCAUAAACGGCAAGCUGUACGACUCCGUUUUCAGCCACGUGAAGAAAAAAAAUUUGGAAAAGGUAAAGCAGCACACAGAGGGGAGGAGGCGGGACCCCCCAGUCCCCAUAUUCUUGUGGGUCAUUUUUGGAGGGAAGGAUAUGAAGUCCAUGGACUCACUAAGCACCGUUUAUAAAAUUCUGCGGUACGCCACAGAGAUACCCCCGUCCGAGUAUGUAAGGUACUUGUCCAAAUUGGAGCGGAGGAAAAUAAAAAAAAACCUGCACAGGGAGGGGAGCGAAAAGAAGGAGGAGGCCUAUCCCUACGGGGGAGAUAAGCACAGCGAGGCGAAGGAAGGGGCCUGUCCCAACGGGGGAGACAAGCAAAACGAGCAGAAGGAAGAGUCCUGCCCCAACGGGGGAGAGCAACGGAGGGGGACCCCAAAGGGGGGCAUUCCACCUGAACAGGAACACGACUCGGCAAAUGAGUUCUUCCCCAAUUUGGCUGCUCCCCAUCAUGUGAGGGAGCGAAACGGACCAAGCAGUGGGAGCCCCGCCCAGAGGGGAAGGGCAAAGAGAAAAAUGCCCCCGUUGCCGCGGUUUCCCCAACUACCCCCAUUACCCCCGAACAUCUUCUUCCACAAAAAUUUAUACAAAAACGCCACCGAAAUAUACAACCGAAUUGUAACGUACUACGAGCAGUACAGUCGGAAGUGCGACUCGUUUGGGCCUGAGAAUUAUGGCCACUUUUUGGACUACUACAGGGAGAGGGUGCGGGGGCGCUCGGGGGACAGCGAGGGGGAGGAUGCACAGUCGGGGGGUGCCCCUCUUCGAGGAGGUCACCUCGGGAAGGCCCCCCAUGGGAAGAGCCCCCACGACGCGGGCGAAAACUCCGUCGAAGACGACGACGCAUACGACUUCUUCAUAGAACGGAGCGACAGCGAAGGGGACGAGCUGUUCGACUUCAUUUCCUACCACAUGCAGGGGAGAAACCCCUCGUUUGAAAACCGCGGGGGGGAAGUGAAAGAAGGCAAGCUGAACUACACGGAUAUAUACGGGCCGCUAAUCUACAAGAAGAGGAAAAGGAGGAACCCAGUUAGGUACUCCUUUUUGCUGCUGGACUACCCCGCGUAUAACAACAGCACGGGCCACCCCUCGCCCCUGACGUUCAAGACAAGUGCGCUGGCGGCGCUGAAGGAGGCCUUGAAGGAGCUGCGCGGGGGGGGAAGCGACGCCAGCGGUGUUGGCAGCGUUGGAGAUGAUAGCGGCGUUAGCAGUGAAGGCAGUGCUAGCGGUGUUAGAAGUGUAGGCAGUGCUAACCGCGGUAACCCCCUUAGCCGCUCCCGCGUGUCCGUAAACAUCCUGGGCUACUCGCUCGGGUGCUGCGUCGGCCUGCAGCUGCUGCUCGACAUUGCGAAGAGCCUCUACAACGACUUCUUCCAAGGGGAGAGCAAAACGCCAUUCCACCGAAAGGAAAGGGAGCCCAUUAGGGAACCCCCAAACGAGGGAAACGACUUGUCCAUCAAGCUAAACAGUAGCAGCAACAACAGAGUUAACGAGUACGUGUAUGACGCGCGGAAAAUAUUAACCUUCCGGGAUGUCUUUGUGAAUGGACCUUCUGCCGCAGCCGCUGAUGGGCAGCCACGAGGGGACCCACGGGCAAGUGCCCAAGGGGAAGACGACAAAGACGAUCUGCAAAACCAACCAUUUAGGAAACACACCCCCUAUAAAGCACCCCCCUCCGUGGAACUACACCAAGGGAGAAGCAGCCACUACUGCUGCAGCGUUACCAACUAUCAGCAAAGGAGUAGGCUAAAACUGGGGAUUCACAAAAAUGCAGGCCGAGAAAAUGCAGGCCGAGAAAAUGCAGGCCGCGAAAAUGUACGCCGCGAAAAUGUACGCUGCGAAAAUGCCCCCAAUAAAGUCAGCGUAAAUGAAAGCCUGCAAAGUGCAAAGCAGCGAAAGAAAGAGCUGGAAAAAAAAUUAAGAAACGAAUUAAACAUAACUGUAGAUAGAGUCGUCCUGGUCGCUCCAUUCACGAACACGCAGAAAUUGGUGAAAAGCAUUUUAAGCAAUAGUGUGCUGUUUCUACUUAGCUGGUUUGUCAUGAAUAAAAAAUGCCCCUAUGUCCACUGGGACAACAUCUCCGUGCUGAAAGAGUUUUUUAAAAUACUGUACGACUUAAAGGGAACAACACAUUUGAGUAGCAUUUUUGCCAACUUGCAAAUUCAUUUUAUCCACGGAGAGAAAGACACACUGGUCAAUUACCAAAUGAGUUUGAAGCUGUAUAAACUUACAAACACACUUACGUCAAAAUAUGCCUUACACCAUGUGAAAUCUUUUCUUUACAUUUUCAAGGAGGACUGCCAUUCGUCUAUCUUUAACACUGAGGGAGAAAAUAAAAUUUUGCAAAUUAUUUUUAAGCCCCUCCGAUUGCACCCCUUCAGCACAACUAACAUACACAAGUUGCAUUUCAGUCUGUACAGGGACAUCUACUUGUUGAAGACGGCCUACUUGCAGUACAUCUCUGGGGUGACCUCUAAGUUGGUUCGUGCGUGA